AUGUGGAAAGGCUUUAGGGCCAUGUGGAGUUUCGUCGCCUGGUUCAUGCUGGGGCGAGUUCGGAGCCAAAGUGCCCAAAACUCUCCUGACACGAGUUGCAUGUUGCAGUUCUCGGCAGCACGUCACAUCGAAGCCGCGGAGCCGGACUGCCUUUCCAGCAAUGACUGGACGGAGCAGUUGCGCGUGACGGCGCUGAACUUCUCGGGCGGCAUUUCGGGAGCAGGGGUGUUCACAGGCGCCGAAGAUGACGUCAGCCUUAUGGCGUGGUCGCCUUCCGCCGGACCGGCCCCCGGUGAUGUCCUGGUCUUCAAUAGCAGCAUGUGCUCGGACUCGCCAGGAUGGCAGUUACAGGCGAACCUCACGGAAAUAGCAAGUCAGAACGUGGCGUUGCCGUUUGAUUGGGCCAGAAACACGGCCCUGAGCAGCGAGAAGAUCGUCGUGGCCUUGAGCCUCGUGAAUGACACAAGCACCACGCAUACCUUCAAGUACGACGGGGCGUCCUGGGCUUUCUUGGGACGACAAUCCUUUCCGGGGAUUCGCAGUACGACCAUGGCUCUUGGAGGAGACCUAUUGGUCCUUCUGAGCUUCGGGACUUUCCAGACUUUCCAGUUGCAAGGAUCCAUGUGGUCACUUGUGCCCACCGCGGAGCUUCAGCUUGAUGCGCUCAGAUUCGCGACCGAUGGCAGGACUUUGACCUUGGAAGAAAGGAACCCUGUUGUCCAACUGUCCGUCUACCAGUGGACCGGGAACUCGUGGUCGAGUGUGGCAAACAUCUCCCCCCCAGCCAGUCCACCGGUAGGUGGUCUCGGUUUGGACGUGGACGGAGACUAUAUCAUCGCGGGCUGGACCUUCUUGGCAGGCACGGCCGUUGACUAUGUGACGGUGAUCUACGAAGAGCAAGGAGGUCAAUGGUCGGAAGUCUUCCGGAUCAGCAACGACUUGGUGCAACCGCCAACUACUUUCGGAAUCUCAUCCUCCGGCAAGGCCGUCGUGAAUUGCGCCGGUGCUGUGGGCUGCGCUGGGGUCACCGUCUUCGAGGUGACCUCCAACGGAACAUGGGCCGAGGGUCAGUCCUUCAACGAGUCGAGCGAGGGCCCCAAUGCCGUCAGUCUUGCGAGCGCAGCGAUACUUGGCUUCUCUUGGGGGCCCCCGUCCCCAAGACGGUUUAGGGUUUGGGGUUUAGGGUUUAGGGCCCAUAUAAUAUAG